GCUGUUGGGGGCGGAGCCUGCUCGGCUGGUGGAGGGAGAGAAACAGCCGAGGCAGCAGCGGACACGGACGGACGCCCUCGCUCGUCUUCAUCUCGUGAGUAGCGGUUGUUUCCAAAUGGCAACGACAGCGGACGACCCGCGGGAACCGGAGGACGUCGCCGCGCUGUUGACACCCCGCCACGGCUGCCUACACAACAGCAACAGCAACAACAACAAUAACAACAACAACAAAGACAGCGAGGCGGGAGAGACCGCCACCGCCAGCACGACCGAGCCCAGCGGGACGGCGUCGCAGAGCAUCGGUAACGGCUCUGUCAUCAACCCCACCGGGGGGAACAACGGGAAGUGGGUCCGGCUGAACGUCGGCGGCACGGUGUUCCUCACGACGCGGCAGACCCUCCUCAAAGAGCAGACUUCGUUCCUGUACCGGCUGUGCCAACAGCAGGACCUGCACUCAGACACGGAUGAUUCGGGAGCCUAUGUGAUUGACAGAGACCCCACCUACUUUGGACCCAUCCUCAACUACCUGCGACACGGCAAACUGGUCUACAACAAGGAGCUGGCUGAAGAAGGUGUCCUGGAGGAGGCUGAGUUUUACAACAUCACUCCGCUGAUCAAACUGAUCAAGGAGAGGAUCGUGGAGAGGGACUCCAAAGCCACGCAGCAGGUGCCCCCCAAGCAUGUCUACCGAGUGUUGCAGUGCCAGGAGGAGGAGCUCACCCAGAUGGUUUCCACGAUGUCGGACGGCUGGAAGUUUGAGCAGGUCAGCGUGCGCGCCUGCAGAAAGCCCCGCACCGGACUGCUCUGGACUAUGGUGAACAUCGGCUCGUCGUACAGCUACGGGACAGAGGACCAGGCGGAGUUUCUGUGCGUCGUGUCCAAGGAGCUGCACUCCCCGGGGUCGGGGCUGGCUACAGAGCAGAGCCACAAAACCAAGCCGGCGGAGUUGCAGGAGGAGGAAGCCACGAAGGAGGAGGAGGAGGAGGAGGAGGAGGAGGCAGGGAGAGAAACCACACCAAAUGAGUGGCUUAGAGAAUGAGGGAGUCAUGUUUCUUUGUUCCAAAGAGAGGCGGGAAUGGCUGUUCCAGAUCCAUGGGUCCCGGAUGUAGAAAUCUUUUUUUCUAGACUUAUUACGACGCGGUGUCAUAAAAACAGAUUUGUAGCAUUGAUCAAUCAGAAAGAUUAAAUCAGCCACAGCAAUAUCUUCAAAACCUUCUUUCCGUUAAACUAAUUGUAUUCGUUACCGUGCCACGGGCGACAGUGGAGUUUAGUAAAUUAUAACCAAAGAUCCAGAUUAAAGCUGAACCCAAAUCUGCCUGAAGGAAAGUGACGUCGUCGUGUUGCGAGCAACCUGAUGUUAACACAUGGCCUCUGUUCCCAUAGUCUCCAUGGUGAUCCUACGAGCGGCAAACCUUUUCAGCCAGGACCGACUUUCCUCACUGCCGUCAGAGACGAGAUCACGUUACACCGGUUUGAUCUACGGAUGCUCCCGUGACUCCAUGAGCUUUUCUCGCCGCAUUUCUGAAGCGCUACGUCCAGUCAGAGGCGCUGAAACGUUUUGUUUGGUGAAUGUUUUUCCCUUUUUUUAAAUUUUAUUUCCUGGCUUAUUGCCGCACUUUGAUCGGGUCGAGAGCUCCGAUCGCCGAUCGGCUGAUAUUCGUUCCAAAUAGUCUCUGUAACGUCCGAUCAGAUGACUCGUUGACUCUGUAGCAAAAUGUUUUCAAUACUCAUUUUCCGGCUUCGCUCUGAACGCACACAAACAUAUCAGAUUAUAUAACAGGUUAACCUUUGACUCCUCUAGUUUGAUCUCAUGUCACACCUAUAAAACACUAAGAGCUGGACACAUGGGAAAAGAUAAUGCAUGAACAUUAAUGUAACUCCCACCAUUGAAGCAUUAAUGAAAUGUUGAUGGACGCAUUAUGUAGCGUGAGGCUGGAGAUCGUGACGCGUGCAAAGCUCUUUACGUGAGUCAGUGUUGCUGCACGUGCUCAGUGUGAACACCAGUUAACGCUGAUUAGAUCUUUGCGCUGACCCAUUUCUUGCUUUUGUUGGCUUUGAAUUGACCGUGUAGCUGGAGAAAGACUAGAAUAUUGAAUUAGCAUUUGUUAUUCUUUUACUGGUGACCUUCCAAAGGUUUCAUCUGUCAGAGACUGAAUCAGUCAUUGUGCAGACGGAGCCACACGCUGCUCUGCAUGUCCCGCUGCACCAACACCCUGUCACACCCUGUCACACCCUGUCACACACUCGCUUCUGCCGGUGCCGCUGCGUGCUCAGCGUCCGUCUGAUGUCUGUUGGCGGCAGUCAGAAAAACACUGUAACUGAGAAGAGUAGAGAUCACAAUGAGGAGCAGAGGGAGAGACGGGAGAGACGGGAGAAUGAGCUGCAUCUCCGCUUUGUGAUAGUGAUAGUCACACACUGUCCACUGUCAUCAUCUUUGUUUGUAAAACAAAACAAGGCUGCUCUGCCGCAGUGCAGGUGUGCGAGUGAAAAGAUGUGCCGUUCUUAAAGAUGCAUGACUUCUAACCACCUCUGUUGGCAACUUGUAGGAACUGCACCGCAGAUCACUUACGCAUCACCUGCACAAGGUUUACUGCUGGAACUCUGGGGGGGUCGUUGGGAAAUAACAAAAACAACAGGGGGGUUUUUAUCAGCAGGUAAUACAAUAUGUAAAUAUGCAUAAAGCCUAUUAUAGUCAAGAAAACAUUUAACCCAGUAAAACACGCAUUGUAGAAGCGACACUAAAGGAAGUGGAGCAGCUUUAACACACAGGAGCAGAAAGAGUUCACACACACGCAGCCGUCUGCACAAGAUGCUUAACACUCCAACAUCCUGUCUGCAGAACAGCGAGGUGCGCCUGUGGAGCGGGAGAGUGAAGAACAAACACGCGGUGUGUGUGAAAUAUACAUUCUCUCUCACACACUGCGCAGCUGUCACUCACACAGAUCGAUUUAAACCCGUUUGGUUGAUAAAUUCAUCGUUUUUUGGUCUUUUUUUUAUGAAAAGCUGGUUUAUAAGCAGUUAGUGAGACAAUCGAGAGUUAAGAUCAAUAGUUGGCAACUUUUUUGAUAAUAUUUUGAUAAUUAAGUCUAAAAAAAAGGCUUCAAAUACAACAUGUGUGUGUGUGUGUGUGUGUGUGUGUGUGUGUGUGUGUGUGUGUGUGUGUACAAUGGAAACGUUUUUAAGGUUCCUUGUGAUACCUUAUUAGCUGGAUUAACAGUAAAUGUUAGAAUAUGAUCGUGCUUAUGAUAAUCAUAAUUUUAGCAGGAGGGAAAGUUUAUUGUUUUGUCACUUCGGAUCAUUCGGUGCCUCGAGUUCAAGCAGCAACACCGACGCGUCCCAAUGAUCCCCGCAGUCCUCUCACGUUUUCAUACCGUAGUGUGUAUGUGUGUAGUUUGUAAUAAGAGUCCAUGUUCGGUAUGUUGUGAACAUCUCUUGCAUGUUUGUUCUGAGAAUAUUAUUGGUCAUUAAAAGAAGCUGCAGCUGCGUGAAGCUGAUCUGUAUACAAAUGUCUUUUUUAAUUAGUUUUGUACAAUCUGUUUAAUUUAUUCUUUUUGAAUGUUACACGCUUAAAAGAAUUUGGGCUCUGCCAUUUUUUAAUAGGGGAAGGGGGGGGGGGGGGGGGGGGUCAUCUUUGGGAGACUUGUUUUUACUACUCGCUUUGAGUUUUGACACUAUCAGGUAAAUAUGUUUUUAAUUUUACUCUCCAAUGGAAAUGUUUUAUAACCCUCCUUUAUGUCCAGCUUCCUCGUUCGGUUCGCUGGAUCCACACUUUGUGUUCUUGUGUGUAAAAGUCUUUACUUUCAUUAUUCUGUGCAAACAUCUGUCGGGCAGCUGUGGAUAGAAACAUCUUUUUUAUCUGAUGCUGGAUGUUCUUGUCCAUCGAGCCUCGGUGUCUGUAAUGAAACGAUGGGACACAUGCAUUGUAACGCCUCACGGGAGCCGGCACGCGCUUCACACAAACGCUGUUUCACCUGAUUCACAUUUCUAACAAAGUGACACGUUGUUUUUUUAUUUCAUGUAAAUGAAUGUCACCGUUCUCAACUAAAUAAAUCUUUGCUCUUUGGGUUAAAGUACA